AUGAAGUCACCAAGACAGCAGGGAAACUACAGGCCCAUUGCUUGCCUAAACAUUAUGUACAAACUGUACACAAUUUGCCUCAACCAGUUCUUCCAAGACCACUGUGAGUUGAACAACAUUGUGACUGAUGAAGAAGCUGGUGGAAAGAAGAGAGUGUGGGGAUGUACCGAGCAAAUUUCAAUAAGCAACGUUGUACUGUCUGAAGAAGGAAAACAACACAGAAACUUUGUGACAGUAUGGCUUGACUAUAAGAAGGUAUUCGAUUCUAUUCUUCAUUCAUGGUUAUUGAAGUGCCUACAUCUGGCAAAGGUACCUACUACCUUAAUUGCUACUAUAGAGAAACUCACUAAGACAUGGACAACUAUUUUUACCCUCACAACUGAGAACAGAAUGAUUUUCUAA